UCGUGAUUACUGUGCUGUGCCUGGUAUUCUGUUUUUCCAUCUGGCCAACAAUUUUAAAAGCAGGGUAGGUUCCAAGAGGGUAGGUUUACCAAAAAAUUAUGUUCGAGAAUUUUGAUUCGUCAACUACAAUCUUCGCCGCGGUUUUACCCUCUGGCUUUGCCCAAUCAAUUCUCCCCAAACUUUAGUGAAUGAAGUAAUGGUGGCAGUAAUAUUUGAAUGUAAUUAUCUGCUCCAGUCAUUAAUUCAAAUCUAAGAGAAAUUUAAGCUGAAUUUGUGUGUCGAAUUAUGCCGGGGUGAAGCUAAUAAUCGUUCAUGACGUAAAAGUCAUUCGAAAGAAAACAGAUAUUUAUGUCUCAGUGAUAAUUCACAUGAUAACUAACCGGUUCGUGGUCCUAACCUGUCGAAAAACGAUGAUCGGCCAACGCACAACAUAAAAGCCGAACUUGAAUGCCGAUUCGACGAACGCUGGUGAUUUAAUUACAUACACACGUGAGAUAACUAUAUGGAAAUAAUACGCAUUAAUUAAUCACGGAAAGUGUAAAAUUAGCGAACUCUGAACCAAUGAGUGAGAACGCGCUCGAGUUGUCAGACGUCCGGGAAUUGAACGAUUUGGAUGAAUACAUGACACAGAAGAAGUACACGAGUGUAUGGGAACAGCCAAAUGCAAUCGACAUUCUCUUGGACACAGUUGGUUCGGAUGAAUAUAUCUACAAAUUGACUAAUGCAGGUUUCAAAAAGAGACUUGUCUGGGAAGAGAUAGCGGCAAAGGUUACAGCUCAAGGAAUUGUACUAGGUGAUAAUCCAUGCAAAAUUGCAUAUCAGAAGUGGUUAAACUUGAAGAAGCACUUUAUAAGUCUGCUGAAUAAAAAAACUACUCAUACACCAGCUUGGUUUGAGAAAUUAAGUGGAAUUUUUGAGAAAUCUGAAGGUAAACUGUUGGGAAUUGUGAAUUUACAAGGAGAGGAAGAACGAGAGGAGAUGAAAGAAGAACCUGUAUCUAAAAAAACGAAACAAGAAUUUUUACCAGCUGAAAUGGACACGGAGGGGCAAGAGGAAGGUGAUGGAGAAGUCCAUAUCCAAAUUGAUCCUGGACAAUACGUCAUCGAAGAAGUAACUCAAGUGACUCUUGGAGAUGUUGUUGCCAUCAUGCAGCAACUAGAAACUGAGAGGAGAGAAAGGGAAGAGGCACGAGAAAAGAGAGAAAAGGAAAGGUUUGACAAGUUAGCCGACUUAUUAAGACAACAAAAUGCUUCAACCGAAAGGCUGAUCUCAAUAUUGAGCAAACAGUCCAAUACGGCAGACUCUGAAAGUGGUGGCAAUAUACAACAUUUGGAUCCGACAAUGCAUAUUGCAACGAACACAUCGUGUACGUAAUUAUAGUGGUUUUACAUUAGACGUGACAAAGAUCACCUUCUGCUCCCAUUUGCUGCUCAUCAUCUCGUGUGGAUCAAUAGCUAUGCAUAGUGUGCAAAAUAUGUUUUCAACGCUGCAAAGAAUUUCGUUCAUAAAGUUACUUCGAUGUUGUUGAAAUGUGAAACUAUUUCUGAUGAUGAGCUGCGAUCAUUUUCAUGUACUUGAAGUUCCAAGACUCCGAAACGAUCCUGAGGUGAGUGCACCGUGAAUACAAGAUCUAUCAUCGAAAUCUGCUUUAAAAUGGAGUUCAACAAUGCAGUACACUUUAAUGCAUACACAUGAGUGAACUCGUAAUUAUCUUAAAAGCAGAAAUAAUAAAUUUUUUUUUUAACUCUCA